CUUCACAAUGUAAAUAAAAGUUUAUUUAAAAAAUGAUCACUGCAUAAUAUUUUUUCAAUGAAGUGUGUUAUAAAUGAUCUGUCAAAUUUAUAGUUGUAUAUCCUCAUAAAUCGAUGUAAAUAUUUAGAAUUGCAUAUGAUAUUUUCUAAUUUUAAUGAUGAUUGAAGUCCAUGCUCGUUUACCUCAUGGAUCAGUUUUUCUGACUGGUGAGGUAGUUGAAUGUCACAUUUCAUUCCGUAGUCCUUUUACUUAUUCACAGAAGCAAAGUCAGUAUAAUAGUGAUAUAGAAGAAGUGCUAGCAUGGGCCAGUGCACAGAUCCAUUGCCAGUGUACAGUUGAUGACACUUUAGUGAAGUUUCCAAGUACUGCAUCUCAAGAAGAACUAGCUACUGCCUCUCAAGAUACUUCUUUUAUACCUUGUAGGGGUGAAAGUGGUCAUGUUGUUCUCUCAACUAAGCCUAAAAUUUUAUUUUGUGAUUUAAAACUUUCUCCUGGUGAGAGUAAAACAUAUAUUUAUAAAGAAACUAUUCCUUAUACUGCGCCACCAUCCUAUAGGGGUCAGUGUGUUAAAUAUGCUUACAAAAUAACUGUAGGAACACAGCGUGUUAAUGCUGUUAUUAAGCUUCUGAAAAUUCCUAUUAGGGUUCUUCUUGUGUAUGGGAUUCCAGAUGCUCAAUUCUGUGCUGAUAGUGAAGAAUUGCCGAUUGCACCUGCUAAUCCUUUUCUUCAAAGCCAACAGAAGCAACCAACAAUCUCUUCGGCCUUACAAAUAUUAGAAGCUAAUACUGCUCGGCGAAAUCCAAGUUAUUAUAACAUUACCAACCAAAAUGGAAAAGUUGUGAGGUUCUGUUUGCUGAAAUCAUCAUAUCGAUUGGGUGAAGAUAUUAUUGGAGUAUUUGAUUUUAGUCAAGGCACAGUGAAGUGUGUUCAGUUUUCAGUUACUCUAAUCAGUGAAGAAGAGCUGCAAGAAAAUUGUAAAGGUAGAGCAAAGCAAGGCAUUACAACAGUUGCCUAUAACAAACAUCAUGAAUUUUCUUUACAUUUAAAUCUCACUCAAGUUAUACUUCCAAUACCACUUACAGUUACACCAACGUUUACUACUAAUAUUGUUUCUUUAAAAUGGAAGUUGCAUUUUGAAUUUGUGACAACAACCACUGUGUCAGCAAUGCCAGAGCCUACAAGUCCAUCAGAAAAUAUUUCCUGGCAAGGACCUGCCAACUUAGACGUCCAAACUAUGAUAUGGGAUCUUCCUAUUAAAGUGUUCCCAACCCAUCCAUUGCAAAUUGCUCAUGGCUUGCCAUCAAAGUUGGAUCAUAUGAUUACUAUAUGAACAUGAUUUAUUUUCUAAAGUGAAAGGAAAUGCUAAGAGCAGAUUCCCUUGUGUAUAUGUAUAUCAGAAACUUUCAGUUUUCCAAUGCUGAGUGGUACAUUUACUAUGACUUGUAUUUAAAAAUAAGCAAUAAUAAUUUUUUAAAAAAAUCAUUUAGGCUUAUACAUACUUAAAAGCUAAAGAUGAACGUUUUUUAAAAUUUGCCUUUAUAUUGUAAAAUAAAUAUUAGUUCUAAAAUAUUCUUUCUAUUUUUAAGGGGGAAAAGUAGCUUUUGAUUUACAGUAAGUAAUAAUAUGUGUUAAUUUUGUCAUUGGAAGUAUGAGUUGGAUCCUUGAAUAAUAUUUAUAUAGUUUCAUUAAUUUUUUGAAAGAUGAAAGAGAUAUUACAUAGUAAUUAGUUUUAUAAAUUAUUGAACAUUAAAUACGUAUAUCAGUAUGUAUAAUAGCUAAAUCUAUAUGAUAGACAAUCAAUACCAAAUAUAUAUAAAUAUAUAUUCUUUCACGUAUAAGUGGUCUUAAAAUAAUUUUAUUUUAAUUAUUUACUUAUUUUUACUCAUUAAAUGUCACUAAUAUUAAACAAAUUUCCUUUUGGCCAGGGCAUCUAAUUGUGAAAAAAUGUGCGAAUUGUAUAUAUUAAAUGAGAUCUUUUUAUCCAAAGUAUCAUGAAUUUUAAAUACAAUUAAAUGUUAAACUUAAUAAUUUUUCCAUCACAUAAAAUUAUUUAAAAAUGUAGAAGUUAGCCACUCUUUUAUAUCUCGCUCAUGUAACAGGUACUUAAUUAUUUUAUUUAUUCAUCUUUUUUAGUAUACAUGAGUAGAAAAUUCAAUAUGGAAGAAAUAGAUUUAAAAAUAUCAAAAUUCCGAAGAUUUGGUGAUUACCAAUUUCAAUUCUGAAAUAUGAUAUAUUCUUGCCCUCAAAUAAUAAUUGUUGUUGUUUGAUUUUAUAUGCUUUGAUUCUUUUAGGGUU